UCCGAUAAGAGAAAUUCUAUUUCCUAUUCAGAAAACAUGCUAUCGUCAAAAACUGGCGAGCGCCAGUCUCACUCGAUCUUCCAGAGCAAGAGCGUGGUCCGUUCGUGCCAGGGCCGCGGUGAUCCCUGCAACGGUAACUGCAUGUGCAUGGAUCCAAUCCUGGGAAAGAGCUCUACCCAGGUAUUCGGCCGUGUCAUCAUCUGUAGAUUGACAUUCAAAUGAAGAAUCAAGACAAACCCAGUCACAUACCACUCGGCUCCAGGACAUCCGGUCCUUUCUCGCGACCAAUGCGGCUGAGAUGGAUAUCCUUACACUCAGCAUCUCGGCACACACCGCCACCUGGAAGCUCGUAUUGGCAUAUCCUCUUUCCUGGAUCGAGCGUCCGGUGGGAAGUCUGUUUGAGCGGCAGCAGAUUCGGCACAGAUGGUAUAGACGAAGAGAACGACGGGUUGGAUAAAGAGAGUGUAGAGUGGCCGCCAAGGAGGGGGUAUCUGGCGAGCGAGGACUCGUAUUGGGUAAAGUGCUCAUACUCAUCACAAGCUCCGUGGCCUUCACCGGGUUUUGGAGGGAUUUGCGUUGCUAACCGAGUCUGAAAGCGAAAAUCUUACGUCAGGGCCCAACCUCGUCUCCGAAAUACCAGCGGAACGCUAACGAACUCGGAAAACGCACCUGCGUCGAUGCUGAGUUGACAUCGACCGGGCGAAUGGCAACUCGCCCAGGGUCCUCAUCAACUGUCGACUAUACAGGCAAGUGUCGGUUUAACAGCAAAAGCAGAAGAGAAAGGGUGGAAACUGGUCAGAGAGUGCCGGGCGGACGAGCGAGAAGAGUGAUUCUUGCCAGUUGUGCUUGCGACGGGGUCACCAUAUCUGGGAGUUGCCAGUUUGGGAUAAGUAUGGAAGAUGCGCGUCAAAGAGGAUGUUGGAAGAAGCAAACAGGCGACAGAUCGGAAAGGCAGGGGAAAGAUUGUGCCGAAUACAUGCACCGAAUCAGCGAGCAGUCAGAACGUGACAUCAAGAGCGACGCGCCUGGGUCUUUCGUGUCUUGGAGGUCAUCUAGAUGGCAAGAUGAGUGACGCAGAGAGCGUGGACGAGGAUCUUGACAUCUGAACAAUACCGAUCAGCUUCACAAACGCCGACCAGAGCAGCCUUCACGCACCUUGUUCAGCCGAUUUCGUUCCCUCUGGGCAAUCAUCUCCCUCAUCUUGCGAAUCUCCUCCUCUUUUUCCACUAAAGUCAUAGUGCCCGCUUGCGGUGGAACAGGUGGUGAGCCUCGGCCGGAACUAGCACUUGCCGGCAUACGACCCGGACCCGGAGACGAAUAACGACUCGCAACUUCAGCGUCUUCCUCGCACGCUGGCCCUGCCUCGUCAUCUCCGUCGCUUUCGUCGCUGAGAUCAAUAACGAGUUUCCGGUGCCCGCUGAUACUGGCAAAACUUGCAGUUUUCCGAAUCGGGACAGGCGCCUUGGGUACGCUCCGGCCGUUGCUGUGGCCAUUGCGGGUACCAACAUCGAGGUCGACAAAGUCGGCAGCACUGGGUCGUUUUCCAUUACGGCGCUGGCUGAAAUCCUCUGGAGGUUCGGUGGUUGGAGGGCCCAUCGAGUCCGUCGGUGAGGUGACAACUUGAUGGCCGGCGACGUUACCUUGCAUGUCCACUGGCGAAUUGUUUCCUCCAAGAUCAGGCUCUUCUCCCCAAUAGUCUUCAGGAAGUCCUCAACGGCUUCGGUGGGGAUUGUAAGCGGCAUUUCAACGUCGUAAUCUGCCGACGACGACGCGAUUGAUGAGGCGUCGGACGAGGGCUUGACUUUGCGGGUUACUUGGAUGGCUUUGCGAGCAAGCAGCUCCUCGCGGCGUUGUCGUUCAAUGUCGUGCAGGGUGCCAUCUGUUGACUCGUCUUUCGUCGCGCAUGAUAAGACAGGUGGAUCGGCGACGACAUCAGCGGCACCCAAAUAAUCGACUCCAGGCUUCUGCGGUAAACUUGGAUGCUGCGAUCGGGCUUCAGACCGAGGUGACGAAGAGACCACUGAGAGCGGACGGGAAUGGGCGGCUACGUAAGCUGGAGUAUACGGAACGAGACCAGUGACAUCGAGGUUUUGGGGGAGUCGCAGAUUAAGCUCGCUGAAUACAUAGAAGAUCAGUUCGCGACUGAGAUUACAGUCCACCAGGUAGUCAGGAGGAACGCCCCAGCCUAAGAGGUCAAGCACGAUAUCCUUGGCAGUAUCAUACUGCGUCUGGUUCACUGCACGAUACUGUAUCAGAAAGCAGGAAUGGGGACGAUCAUACACACUGUAAAGACCAGGCCGGACACGAUCAGGGCCAAUGAUGCAUGCGUCGUUGAGAUUUGCUUUUGUCGCUGAGGGCCGAAGCGAGUCGACUUGUGCAGAGCUUGUUAUUUCCCUGGUGGUGAUGGGAGCUGUUUUUGAGGCAGGGUCUUCCGAGUCACUUAUUUCGCCUUCUUCGCGCGAUUGACCGUCCAGUUCGACGUCAGACUUGGGUACCUUGAGCGACGCUGCCAGAGACAUGUCAACGUCGGAAGAUGGGGGUGGAGCAGGAUCCAUUUGGCCAUAGUCGAGUUGAAAAGAGUUGUCAACACGUGGUGGAGGACGGGAAUUGCUGGUAUCAGGUUUGCGACGCUUGGUUUUCAGAGUCAAGAGAGCAGCAGCACGUAAAGACGAGGCUGGGUCGGAUAUACCGGGAGCUUCAGAGUUAUUUGGCCUUUUGUCCGCCUCAGGAAAAGAGUCGGACAUGUCGUGAUAGCAAGGGAACAAGAGGAACAGGGCCAACAAACGUUGUCGAGAGCAAAAGCGGGCUGACGUAAAAGAUUGUCACGUGCGACCUUCCUUGCUGCACGGACCAGCUUGAUCUUAUCGUUCGCGAUGAAGAAGUUGACCUUGUUCGGACGGUCUGUGCUGCUGAUGGGAUCCCUUUCGCUAGCCAACGCUAUGUGUUGGAUUGCGGCAGGGAUCUUGUUUGGUCGUAAAUCGGAAACACAACCGAUCCUGAGUCUAGCGCUCUUAGCAUGGACUCUCGGACUUAGGCAUGCUCUCGACGCCGAUCACAUUAGUGCAAUCGACAACGCGACUCGUGGACUGAUCAACACCGGUCAACUUCCUAUCACCUGCGGGCUUUUCUUUUCUCUAGGGCACAGCACAAUUGUAAUCGCCGUCAAUGUCGCGAUCGCCAUUUCGACGACUAUCUACAACAAACUGGAUGGCAUAGGCACAAUUGGAGGGAUAGUCGGCUCGGCUGUGAGCGGCUCGUUUCUAUUCAUCGUCGCUCUCGCAAACUCGAUCAUUCUGUAUCAAAUUCUGAGAAGGCGCAGAGCGGCUAGUAAGCGUGCAGAAGAGAAUUACACACCCGAAGUCGUCGAGGCACAUCAUGAUCACAUGCUUAUGUUGCGUAUACUGGGUCCAAUCAUUAACUUUGUCAACAAGCCGUGGAAGAUGUAUCCCGUUGGAAUCCUGUUUGGAUUUGGAUUCGACACAGCGUCCUCCAUCGCUCUGCUCGCCGUUUCUGCAUUGGCUGUGAGGCGAUCAGACGGAACAUCAGUGCCGCGAGGAUAUAUUGUCAUUCUUCCUUUUCUCUUUACAUUCGCCAUGGCUCUGCUUGACUCAGCAGAUUCGGUCCUGAUGUUGUAUUCCUAUUCGGGUUUUCCUGAACAUUCCUGGGCUCUUUUCGAACCCAGCGUCACAGAAAGCGAAACCGUUUCCGGCCCUCCUCGACUUGACGACAAAGCCCCUGAACCGGAUGUUGCACAAUUGACUCGUGACCAACGAGUGAAGAUGAACGUCAUGUCCAAGCUUAGCAUCGUGCUGACCAUAAUGAGCAUUCUCGUGGCAUUCAGCAUCUCGCUCAUCACAAUCAUGGGCCUCAUAGGAGACCAGUGCACCCCGUGCCAAAGGGCCGCAAAUGCCCCCGAUGGGGGAGGCCUUGCAGGAAAAUGGUGGCGUGGUUGGGCUAAUGCCAAUGAUAAUUCUGGCUACAUCGGUGCUGCGAUCGUCGGCGGAUUUGUUUUCCUGGUUGCGUUCUGGUAUCUUGUCCGCCAUCUGCGGCUGCGCGGCCAAGUGGGUACAAUACAGGCAGAAGCGACGAACGGCUAGGUAUCGCUUACAUACGAGUUAGAAAGGUCGGAAAUACAAGAUCUGUAGCAUCAAUCCAGCGACAUGGAACGCGCUUUGACGCGUCGUGUCAACAUCGCGUGACUCGCUC